UAUAUGAGGGGCAGCUGCUCCUGCCCCCCGCCAGUGGAGUUUGACUACCAGCUUCUGCACCACACAGGGCAGACAGGAAUACUAACACAAGCAAAAGCUGGCAGGCUGACAGAACGGGCAGCUUUACAGGACGGAUUAUCUGGUAACUGACCAUUUAGCUGUGGCACACUCGGACUCCGUGUAAGCGUGGGAUUUCGACCAUGAGCUCAGUCGCUGUACUUACGCAAGAAAGCUUUAACGAGCACCGCAGUGGCCUUCUGCCAGAGCAGGUUGGAGCAGCUGCUGUGGCAGGGUCCACCGAUGCAGUAGAUGAGGAAAACCUCCCCACCUACAAGGAUGCCUUCCCCCCUCUGCCUGAGAAGGCCGUCACCCCUGAGGGGCCCCAGGAGACGGGAAAUGCCUGGACCUCAAAAAUCAAGCCACUUAAAUCCUCAAUCAUCACCCAGGUUUUCCAUGUGCCUCUGGAGGAGCGCAAGUACAAGGACAUGAACCAGUUUGGAGAAGGAGAUCAGGCGAAGGUCUGUGUUGACAUCAUGCACAAGACUGGAGCCCACCUGGAACUCUCCAUGGCUAAGGACCAGGGCCUUUCCAUCAUGGUGUCUGGGAAACUGGACGCUGUGAUGAAGGCUCGUAAGGAGAUUGUGUCCCGACUGCAGACUCAGGCUUCAGCUACUGUGGCCAUCCCCAAGGAACAUCAUCGCUUUGUCAUCGGCAAAAACGGGGAGAAGCUGCAGGAGCUCGAGCUCAAGACUGCCACCAAGAUCCAGAUCCCAAGACCCGAAGACUCCAGCAAUCACAUCAAGAUCUCUGGAACUAAGGAGGGCCUGGAGAAGGCCAAGCACGAAAUCCUGCUUAUCUCUGCUGAGCAGGAUAAGCGUGCAGUGGAGAGAGUGAACAUCGAUAAAGUGUACCACCCGUUUAUUACUGGAGCUUACAACAAGCUGGUGGGGGAGAUGAUGCAGGAGACGGGAGCCCGCAUCAACGUCCCGCCGCCCAGUAUUAACAAAACCGAGAUCGUAAUCACUGGGGAGAAAGAGCAGGUUGCCCUGGCCGUUACCUUAAUCAAAAAGGUUUAUGAAGAGAAGAAGAGGAAUGCCACCACUAUUGCAGUGGAGGUGAAGAAAUCUCAGCACAAGUAUGUGAUUGGGCCUAAGGGUAACACCCUGCAGGAGAUUCUGGACAGGACCGGCGUCUCGGUCGAGAUCCCACCCCCCGACAGCAGCUCAGAGACAGUCAUCCUGCGAGGGGAGCCAGACCGGCUCGGCCAGGCGCUCACUGAAGUGUACGCCAAGGCCAACAGCUAUACUGUGUCCUCGGUCUCUGCUCCUUCUUGGCUUCAUCGCUUCAUUAUUGGCAAGAAAGGACAAAAUCUGGCAAAGAUCACGCAGCAAAUGCCCAAGGUGCACAUUGAGUUUACUGAGGGGGAGGAUAAGAUCACCCUGGAAGGACCCACCAAAGAUGUGCAGAUGGUGCAGAGUCAGAUUGAAGCUAUUGUCACAGACCUGGUUAGCCGUAUGGAUUAUGCAGAAAUCAGUGUGGACCCCAAGUUCCACAGGCAUCUGAUUGGGAAAGGCGGUGCAAACAUCAACCGCAUUAAGGACCAGUACAAAGUCUCUGUUCGUAUUCCACCUGACAACGAGAAGAGCAACCUGAUCCGUAUUGAAGGCGACCCCCAGGGUGUGCAGGAGGCCAAGAAGGAACUGCUGGAGUUGGCGUCACGCAUGGAGAACGAGCGUACAAAGGACAUGAUCAUCGAACAGCGUUUUCACCGAGCCAUCAUUGGGCAGAAGGGGGAGAAAAUUAAAGAGAUUCGGGACAAGUUUCCUGAAGUCAUCAUUAAUUUUCCUGACCCUGCACAAAAGAGCGAUAUUGUUCAACUGCGUGGGCCUCGGACUGAAGUGGAGAAAUGCGCAAAAUUCAUGCAGAAGAUGGUGGCUGAAAUGGUGGAGAACAGCUUCUCCGUUUCAGUCCCCAUCUUCAAACAAUUCCACAAGAACAUUAUUGGUAAAGGAGGAGCAAACAUUAAGAAGAUUCGUGAGGAGACUAACACUAAGAUCGACCUGCCUGCGGAGAACAGCAACUCUGAGAUGAUAAUCAUUACAGGGAAGAAGGUGAACUGUGAGGCGGCAAGAAACCGAAUUCUGGCCAUUCAGAAAGAGCUGGCCAAUAUUACAGAGGUGGAGGUUUCUAUCCCCUCUAAGCUGCACAACUCCCUGAUCGGGUCGAAGGGGCGCUUUGUGCGCUCCAUCAUGGAGGAGUGCGGCGGUGUGCACAUCCACUUCCCCACUGAGGGAUCUGGCAUCGAUGCUGUGACAAUCAGAGGCCCGGCGGAAGAGGUGGAGAAGGCCAGGAAGCAGCUGCUCUCUCUGGCUGAGGAGAAGCAAACGAAAAGCCACACAGCUGAACUUCGUGCCAAGCCUGAGUAUCACAAGUUCCUUAUUGGGAAAGGAGGCGGAAACAUCCGGAAGGUGCGGGACAGCACUGGUGCCAGGAUCAUCUUCCCCACAGCUGAAGAUAAGGACCAGGAGUUGAUCACUGUCAUCGGCACAGAGGAGGCUGUGGCUGAAGCACAAAAGGAGCUGGAGGCGCUCAUUAAGAGCUUGGAUAACGUGGUGGAGGACAACAUGUUCGUAGAUCCUAAGCACCACCGCUACUUUGUGGCGCGUCGUGGGCAGGUUCUGAGGGACCUCGCGGACGAGUACGGUGGAGUCAUGGUGAGCUUCCCACGUACCGGCUCUCAGAGCGACAAGGUCACACUGAAGGGAGCCAAAGACUGUGUGGAGGCUGCCAAAAAACGCAUGCUGGAGAUCAUUGAAGAUCUGGAUGCUCAGGUGACCAUGGAGUGUGUGAUUCCACAGAAGUUCCAUCGUUCUAUUAUGGGACCUAAGGGUGCUCGUAUUCAGCAGAUCACGAGAGAUCACAACGUGCAGAUAAAGUUCCCAGAGCGGGAGGACCAACAGGCUGCUCCAGCUGAGGCCCCGGUGCAGGAGAACGGGGAGGCUAACGGUGAUGUGAAGGAGCCAGUCGACCCCGCAGCCCCUAAGAAGUGUGAUGUGAUCGUGCUCUCUGGCCGUAAGGAGAGAUGCGAGGCUGCUGUGGAAGCACUGAAGGCUCUGGUUCCUGUGACCAUUGAAGUGGAAGUGCCUUUUGAGCUUCAUCGCUACAUCAUUGGGCAAAAAGGAAGCGGCAUCCGCAAAAUGAUGGAUGAGUUUGAGGUCAACAUUCAAGUGCCUGCUCCUGACCUCCAGUCCGACAUAAUCUCCAUUACAGGCCUUUCUACUCAUCUGGAUCGUGCUAAAGAGGGCCUUCUCGAGCGCGUUAAAGAGCUGCAGGCUGAACAGGAGGAUCGGGCUCUCAGGAGUUUCAAGUUGACCAUCACUGUGGAUCCCAAGUACCACCCCAAGAUCAUAGGUCGCAAGGGUGCUAUAAUUACCACGAUCCGGACUGAGCACGACGUCAACAUUCAGUUCCCAGAGAAGAAUGAUGAGAAUCAGGAUCAGAUCACCAUAACGGGCUACGAGCAGAACGCUAUGUCAGCACGUGAUGCCAUCCAGGCCAUUGUAGAUGAGCUGGAGGAGAUGAUCUCCGAGGACAUUACUCUGGACAGCCGGGUCCAUGCUCGCAUCAUUGGUGCUCGUGGAAAGGGCAUCCGCAAAAUCAUGGACGAGUUUAAAGUUGAUCUGAGAUUCCCUCAGAGCGGAGCUGCGGAUCCCAACUUGGUGACUGUGACUGGCCGUCCAGAGAUGGUAGAUGAAGCCAUUGAUCAUCUCCUCAACUUGGAGGAGGAAUACAUGGCAGAUGUGGUGGGAAAUGAGUCAAAGAUGGCGUACAUGAAACCCUCUGGAACUGCGUCGGCCAGCUCGGACCACGAGCCACGUGGCCCCUCUAAGGGCUUUGUGGUGAGGGAGGCACCAUGGGCAACUGAUAAGGCUCCGGACAUGAGCAGCUCUGAGGAUUUCCCCAGCUUUGGUGCUCCAGUAGCUGCUGCGAAGGCUUCCCCAUGGGGACCCAAGCGGUUCUGAGGUGGCUUGCCUGUGGUUGACUGUUAAUCUUUAAUCUGGAUCCUGUUCUCUCUCCCCCCAAAACCGAAUCCCAGCCGAGUUCUUUUGGAUGUGAACUGACCAGUGAUACCAACCCCACCAGUGAUAUUACACCACCACAUUUUACCUCCCCCAAUGUUUUACGAUCCCCAACCAAAAGAAGUGAUAUAUAAAAAAAAAAAAAAAAAAAAAAAAACGAUUCUGCUGCAGAUGGGCUGGGAGAACUCAAAAGAAAAAUAGGGUUUAGGUUUUCCAAGUGAACCAAUUCUAGACAGCUGUGUUAUUUAUGAGCAUGGGAAAAAAAGAGAAACAGUUCAUUGUUUUCUAUUUGGUUUGGUGUCUUGAACCUAGUCAGCCUCUGUAGUUUCACCUAAUUGCUCAAACUUGGAUUGUCUGAAUGCAAUCAAGUUGAAUCAGACAAGAGUUUUCAGUCAACACACACAAAAUAGGACCACUCUCAGCAGUGCUUCAGGUCUGUAACUACCCAGGUUCAGUAAUGAACACCAGUUUUCUGGGUCGAUCAAGCUGCUCUGUUUCUUAGUUGCCUUUGCAGUGGGGUGGGGGAAAGCUAUAUAUACUGUAUACCUCUAAAAAAGAUUCUUCGGAUUGAAGUCACUCACCCAAAGGAAGUGGGUUAUUUUUCCACCCUUUUUAAUUCCAUGUCCCCUUCCCUAAGGUAACUGUAUGUGAUCUCGUUGCAGUCAUUUCAGUGGUCUUCCCCUUGUCCUGUCUCUUCUCUCUGUAAUGUUUGUGGCACUGGGCAGGAAAUCGGUGCGAUUGAGUGUGUUUACGUUCAUUUGAAAAAUCCGGUUCAUAAUCUGAUUACUGCAGUUAUCUGAUUUAUUAUAGUUGUCAUGUAGCAUACUCUGAUUGGAGGAGUAAGAUCUAAAAAAAAAAAAAAAAAAAAAACAGAUUUAGAAAGUUCUCAGUGCAUGUGUUUACUGUUAACUGAGUAUUUUCUGAAUUCUGUCUGUGUGUGAAUGACUGAAAACAGACCAUGGUACCGGAAAAUAUGGCGACACUGAAUCUGAAGGAUUUUAAUCUACAUCUUCUAGCUGUUUUUUUUUUUUUUUUUUUAAACGUGAUUUUACAUUAACAUCACGUCUUAUUCUAAGUUUAAACUCAAAAAACCUUUCCCAUUAACAUGUCUUUUUUUAUGUGAAUUUACUAAUGUAAUCAGAUAAUCGGAUUAUUGAUUGCAUGUAAACGCACUCAUGUUGAGCACAGCCUUAGGAACUUUCAAACUUUUUAGUGAGGAGGGACUUAUUCACUACAGAUUUACGUUUUUAUCCAAACUCCUGAAUUCCUGAACUGCUGGUUGCUUUUGAAAAUCCCUAGAAAUUUACUUAGUCCUCCGUUAGACUGUAGUCUCGGGACGGGACUGAGGAGUCUCUUCCUAAAUCCACACUAAACUGCUCACUAUAUACUUCCAUUCUCUUCCAUUUUUUGAUAUUACAAAAAAGAAAAAAUAGCAUAUUUUAUUGGAAAAUCUGAUCAUGUUUGGAGGAGAAAAAAGGAAGGAGCGUACUGUUCUGUGCCAAUUCUCAAUGUCAAGUAAUGUCAAGUCGUGUUGCUCAUCCUUGCUACUGGGUCACUGUUUUAGCCCCCUUUUUGUCUUCCAGUUGCUAUGCAGGUUGGUCUGAAACCAUAGCAAUGGCCCUAUUGAUAGCCUUAUAAGAAUUAUGCAAACACGCGUACAAGAAAAGAGAAACCAUAUGGAUAACACUGGAAAUUAUUGUCCAAAAAACCCAAAUAAAAAUGGAAAACCUG